AUGAGGACGGAAAACGGAUUAAAAACAAAAUCCCUAUUUACGACCCAUUUUAUAUGCUGGCGUAUAUUGGGUUUGAUGCCACCGCAGAAGUAUCGACCUCUCUAUUGGAUGUACUCUUUAAUCGUCAAUUUCAUGGUGACCAUUGGUUAUCCUCUGCAUUUGCUAUUGGGCCUAUUCACCAGUACCACAUUGUAUGAAGUGAUACAGAAUUUGGCCAUCACCCUAACGUGUGCAGUAUGUUCGAUGAAAACUUUUGCUAUUUGGAGGAAAUUUAAAGAUAUCGAUAGAAUGUUUGAUAUCGUAAAGCGACAAGACGAGCACACCCGACCUGGCCAACAAACGGAAUAUAUGCUGAAAAAAGUGUAUCCUCCGAUUAAGAAUCUAAUCUAUUUUUUCUACAUAAUAUGCACAAUGGUGGGACUGUCGGCAGAAGUUUCGCUACUAGUUAAUGGUUUGCGUGGCAACUGGCUACUGAUGUAUCAUGCUUACUUUCCAUUUGAUCCUUUUGCAACGUCGACGAAUUAUGCCAUUGCGCAUAUCUAUCAAUUUGUUGGUUUAACGUAUACGAUUCUUCAGAAUUUGGUCAAUGAUACAUUUGCCGGCGCCCACUUAUCCCUCUUGGGUGGUCAGGUUCAUUUGCUGGGAAUUCGUGUAUCCAAUAUUGGAUAUGACUCUGAGAAAACGGUGAUUGCAAAUAAUAAGGAACUACUGGAGUGUAUUCAUGAUCAUUUGGAUUUAUUGGAGUAA